AACAGAUGAUGUAAAUAAACGGCCGGCGUGUUUUGACGAGUUCUCGUGGUGUCUACGGUGCCCGUAGUCAGUGUGGUACUGAGGCGUCUCCGUCUGCGGCCAGUUGCACUCGCCGUCCGUUGUGUGUCGCGUCGUUCCGUUCGUACGUUUCGCUCCGCCGUUGCCACCAUCUCGGCUGCCGUCAUCUGCGGAUCGCCGAACGCUUCACACGAUAACAGCUAGACUGCAAUUAUGGUCCCAGUGGUUGAUAAAAUUGUGGAGCGCCAUUACUGCCAUCAUCAGAUGACCAUGCGCCAAUCGGGUCAUCUCGGAUUCGCAUUGCGUCAGUGGUGCUAAGUCGAACCGCAGACGGCAGUACCGCCGUAACCGUUUGCACUAACGUACGCGCGCACUCUUUCGACCAUAAUAUAAAAAUAUAUAGUAGUAGUAAUAAUUGCGUGUAGUGUAAAUAAAUAGUAUUUUACAUUUAGUUCGGUGAUAAAGUCGCGUUUUGAUGUGUAAAAUUGAUCUAUUCACUGUUAUUUAAUUUAUUUGUUUAUUUUUACGUAAAAAAUAUAAUUUCCGAUGUGAACCGUACUCGGAGGAUAUACAAUGAAAGGUGUAAUAUUCGCUGGUCUGUUGCUGAUUGUUGCUCAGUGGUGGGUUCCUGCGAGCGCAGGAUGGCAAGAGAACGUGAGACCAAAAAUAUCAGCAGUUCGAAUGUCUGAACAUAGCAGAAUAUUUUCUGGCAAUAACACACAUACGGAUUACUUUAAGACUUUACUCAGGGAUGGUAACAAUAUAUUAAUCGGAGCCAGGAAUGCAGUGUAUAAUAUAAGUUUGGUUGAUCUCUCUGAAAAUCAAAGAUUGGAAUGGCAUUCAACUGACGCCGAUUAUAAAAUAUGCUUAGUCAAGGGUAAAGACGAGGACAAUUGUCAAAAUUAUAUUAGAGUGCUAGCGAAAAUUUCUGCUAACCGUCUCCUGGUAUGCGGUACGAAUUCGUACAAGCCUCUUUGUCGAGAAUACAUUAUAGAGCUGGGAAAAUAUGUCAUGAGUAAAGAAAAUCCGGGACAAGCGGUAUGUCCAUAUGACCCUAAACACAACAGUACAUUCGCAUAUGUCGAUGGAAAUUUAUUCUCCGCCACAGUAGCCGAUUUUUCUAGCAUGGACCCUAUAAUUUACAAAGAACAGUUACAGACCGAACAGUAUGACUCUUUGAGUUUGAAUGCUCCACAUUUUGUGCAUUCCUAUGCUCAUGGCGAUUUCGUCUACUUCUUCUUCAGAGAAACAGCUGUCGAAUAUAUAAACUGCGGAAAAAACGUAUUCUCUCGGGUCGCUAGAGUGUGUAAAAACGAUCGUGGUGGACCCCAGCAGCUCAAAAAUCGAUGGACUUCGUACCUGAAGUCUCGUCUCAACUGUUCCGUACCCGGCGAGUUCCCCUUUUACUUCAACGAAAUACAAUCAGCAACUGACCUGGUGCAAGGAGUGUACGGCACCAAACAGCAUUUCAUGAUGUACGGCGUAUUCACAACCCCCGUCAAUAGUAUCACGGGGUCGGCGGUGUGUGCGUUUUCGUUGUCCGACAUUCUCGAUUCAUUUGAGGGUGAAUUCAAGGAGCAGAACUAUAUGAAUGCCAACUGGUUACCGGUACCCGGGUCAAAGGUACCGGACCCUAGGCCGGGUCAGUGUGCCAACGACUCAAGAACGCUGCCCGAUCUCACGCUCAACUUUAUUAAAAGUCACUCGCUGAUGGACGAAGCUGUACGGUCGUUCUACCAACAGCCUAUUAUCAUCCGUACAAGUGUCAAUUACAGGUUCACGGUGAUUGCUGUGGAUCCACAAGUCAAAACCAUUGACGGAAAAUUUUAUGACGUCUUGUUCAUCGGAACAGACAGUGGAAAAGUCCUAAAAGCGAUAAACGCAGCCAGCGCAGACACCAACGAAAAAGUGAGCCCGGUCGUCAUUGAAGAGCUCUACGAGUUUGGAGGUCCUGGCACAACGGCCGCUGUACGAAACAUAAAGAUAGAAGACAAGAGGUUGCUGGUCAUAACAGACAGACAAGUGGUAUCACUUCCUCUGGAUAGAUGUCAAAAUCCACUAAUAGCAACUUGCAGCGAAUGCAUUGGUCUUCAAGAUCCAUAUUGUGCAUUCGAUAAAAUCAAUAAAAAAUGUCGUUCUAUGCGUGAAGUGCCAACCAAUCGAUGGCACGAGUUCUACCAAAACAUUCAAACAGGAUUGCACCACGAAUGUCCGUCGGUUUCAAACAGAAAAGAUGCAGGUAUUGGAUUCGCUUCAAACGCUCAAAGCGGUGCUAUUGGCAAGUCGAUUGAAGACAUAGGCGACACGAUAAACCUUUCUCAAGACGAUCAAGCCCCGCCCUUCGGCAUCAAUAACGACGACGUUAGAGUAGAUGAACACGAUGAAGGGAGCUACACGAUGGAGACAGUUUUAACAGCCGUAUUCGCUGCGUGUUUGGCCGCUCUGUUAACAGGUUUUCUGGCUGGUUACGCAUGCGCUAGGAGGUGCACUAAGAGCGAAGACGAUAACUUACCGUACCCAGACACCGAGUAUGAAUACUUCGAACAAAGGCAUAAUAUGAAUGCGAGAAGACUCGGAGAACCCAAAUUACUACCACAAGAAGAAGUCACGUAUGCCGAGCCCGUAUUAAUACCUCCAAACAAAGUAAUACACGGUUCACCCAAAGCUACUCUUAGACACGCGCCGAUGCCACCGAUGGGCUUUACCCAAUUUCAACCGAACAGCGCUCAAGACAAUUAUUAUUCACAGCAACAGAACAUUCGUGAUCAUUUUGGAACUCUCCGGUCACAAAGGGAACACAAAAACGAUGGAAAUAAUUACCACCACCGAGACGGUUUCGGAACAACGCGCAGCGUGAAGAAAGUGUACCUCUGAGGCGCGUCGGAGGGGAGGGCUA